AUGGCAUCUCAAGAUGCACCCCCACUAGCUAAGACACCAACUCAAGAUACUACCACAAAAAUCCCUGUACCCAAAUCAGGCUCACCGGACAUCUACAAUGUCCUUUCACUCGACGGCGGCGGUAUUAGAGGAAUAUCCAGCAUGGUCAUCCUCCAGCGACUCAUGACCCGAGUCAAAGAAAUCGAGAAUGCAGCAAGGGUAGAAAAGGGCAGGCCAGCCGAUCCCGCCGACCGCAAACCCGUCGACUAUUUCGAUCUCGGUGCGGGCACCAGCACAGGCGGGUUGAUUGCCCUCAUGUUGUUUCGUCUGGAGAUGAACUGCACCGAUGUCAUUGCCUCUUACAACGAUCUCGCAAAACUUGUCUUCCAGCCCAAAUUCGGUAUCAUUUCGCUUCACAAACUUGGCCGCUUGGGCGUCUGGCUCGGAAAUCGCUGGCUCAAUGUCAAAGCCGUGAUUGGUCUUGAGCAGUAUUCACACAAACCAUUAGAACAGGCGAUAGACACCGUGGUGAGUAAAUUUCCGUUGGAUAAGGAUGACGAGGCCAGGAAAGGGGAGGCUUUCCUCGUCAAGGAGAGCAAAGGGCAAAUGUUCAUGUGCGCCACGCUCGCAGAUCGAGGCGAGAGUAUUCUCCUGCGCAACUACGCGCCGUCAUUCGCACCUCUGCCCAUCUCGACGGGUGCCACGAAUCUGGACUUCAGCAGGAUAACGAUCAAAGAAGCAGCGCGGGCAACAUCCGCCGCCCCAACCUACCUCAAACAAGCGACGAUCCAGGGCCUGAACUUCUGGGAUGGCGGCCUCCUCAACAACAACCCGAUCGACCAGGCGUGGGACAACCGGUACGACCUGGUAGGCGCGGCCGACCGCUCCCCGCGCAUCAAAUGCAUCGUCAGCCUGGGGACCACGCACCCGGAGUACAAAAAAACCAAGGACAAGAACUUCAUCGCCAAGUUCUUCAACACUCUGUCCAAGACGGUCGCGUUCGCGACCAACACCGAGGCCAAGCAUCGCGACUUCGAGCGCAACAUGCAGCAGUACAAUCGACGGAGGGUCGCCAUGGGCAAUCCCGACAGGCAGACCCUGUAUUAUCGCUUCAAUGCCUCGACUGGCGCCCAGUCGGUCGGUCUCGCUGACUACUUGAGCAUGCCCGCUUUGGUGACUUACACCGAGGCGUACUUGACUAAACCGGAGGUCGCCAAGUGGAUUGAAGAGUGUGCGGAACAUCUCGCCAAGACUUAG